AUGUAUUUUAAUUCAAAUCCGUCUUCUAUAACAUCAGGUGAUUUUAAUAGUGAUAAUCGACAAGAUUUAGCUAUUACCAAUAACAAUAAUAAUAAUACUGUCAGCAUUCUCUUGGGCAAUGGUGAUGGCAGCUUUCAGAAUCAACUGACAUAUACGACAGGUAAAAGCGCAUUCUCCGUCAUAUCUAGUGAUUUCAACAAUGAUUCGAAACUUGAUCUUGCUCUUGCGAAUGCCGGUAAUAACAAUGUUGGCGUUCUACUUGGUAAUGGUGAUGGAACUUUUCAAACUCAAGUAACAUAUCCAACAGGCGAAUUCCCGGUCUCUAUAGUAUCGAGUGAUUUUAACAAUGAUGGAAAAACGGAUCUAGCCGUAGCUAACUAUUUUAAUAAUAGUUUAAGUGUGCUACUUGGCGAUGGUAAUGGAAACUUUCAAAGUCAGACAAUAUAUUUGACAGGAAAAAGGCCGGUUAGUGUCCAAGCGGGUAAACUUAACAAUGAUGUUAACGUGGAUCUCGUUGUAGUUAACACAGGUAGUAAUAGUAUUAGUGUAUUUCUUGGGAAUGGGAAUGGUACGUUUCAGACGUCGAGGACAUAUAAAACAGGCAGAAAUCCAUCAUAUACGGCAAUAGGCGAUUUCAAUGAUGAUGCAAAACUGGAUCUUGUUGUAAUCAAUUUUCUUGAUCAUGAUGGUACCAUUUUUCUGAACAUAUGUCCGUAA